GGCCGCGCCAGAGCAGCGAUCGGCGCAGGCAGACGGACACCGGGACACCGCCACAGCCACAGCCACAGCCACCGCCACCGCCACAGCCACUGCCACAGCCACUGCCACUGCCCAGCCGACGCUCCAACCCCUCAGGAGAUGCUGCCAGCCACGUCCAAGCUCUGUGCCGCCAUCUCCUACCGCCACCUGCGCAACAUGACCGGUCUGAGGAGACAAGCUGCCGUGGCCAUCAGCCAGGAGCUGAGCAGGCUGGCCAGCCACAGCCCAGGACCCAGCACGUGGAUCCACCAGGUGCGCAGGAGAAGCUCCUUGCUCAGCUCAAGGCUGGAGGAGAAACCCUUCAGCGAGAUGGAAAUGUCUUACAUCAAGCAAGGAGAGGAGGCCCUGCAGAAAUCCCUCAGAAUCCUGGAGGACCAGGACGACUGGAAGACAGAGACGGUGGCGGGUAACGGGGAUAAAGUGCUGAGCAAGGUGCUGCCAGACGUGGGGAAGGUGUUCCGGCUGGAGGUGGUGGUGGACCAGCCCCUGGACACGGUGUACGGAGAGCUGGUGGACAACAUGGAGCAGAUGGGAGACUGGAACCCCAACGUCAAAGAAGUCAGGAUCCUGGAGAAGAUUGGGAAGGACACGGUGAUCACCCACGAGAAGGCGGCCGCAACCCCCGGGAACAUCGUGGGGCCGCGGGACUUUGUGAGCGUGCGGUGCUCCAGGAGACGCGGCUCCACCUGUGUCCUGGCAGGGAUGUCCACCACCUACGGGGCCAUGCCCGAGCAGGAGGGCUUCAUAAGGGCUGAGAAUGGUCCCACCUGCAUGGUCCUGCGCCCGCUGCCCGGCAGCCCCUCCCAGACCAGGCUCACCUGGCUGCUCAGCAUCGACCUCAAGGGGUGGCUGCCCAAGAGCAUCAUCAACCAGGUCCUGUCCCAGACACAGGUGGACUUUGCCAAACACCUGCGGCAGCGCUUGGCCCGGCCGGUGCCUGCAGCCUGCUGACCACCAUGACCCACUGACCACAGCCUGCUGACCACCACGGCCUGCUGACCACCACGGCCUGCUGACCACAGCCUGCUGACCACCAUGACCCGCUGACCACCACAUC